AUGGGAAAGCUCAGCAAAAUCCUUCAAUUGGUCCUUCAUCCAACCGAAUUUAAAGCCGCCCUUCAAUUUUUUGUGUUCAAGCAAAAAUUACAUUCAAGAGACGUCACCAAAGAGUCUGAAACCCUUAAGCAAUGUUAUUACUUGCUCUCCAAAACUUCCAGAUCUUUCUACGCGGUGAUCCUUGAAUUGCACCCAGAAUUGAGAGACGCAAUCAUGUUGUUUUACUUGAUUCUCAGAGCGUUGGACACCGUAGAAGAUGACAUGACAAUCGAUCCAAAGAUCAAGGUCCCAUUGUUAAGAUCGUUCAGCGAGAAAUUGGACUUGGAAAAAUGGAGUUUCGACGGCAAUGGACCAAACGAAAAAGAUCGUAUGGUUUUGGUAAAAUUCAAUGCGAUUUUGACCGAGUACCAUCAAUUGAAACCUCAGUACCAAAAGGUCAUCAAGGAUAUCACCCACAAGAUGGGUAAUGGGAUGGCCGACUACAUUCUCGAUGAAAACUUCAACUUGAAUGGGGUAGGUACCGUCAAAGACUAUGAUUUGUACUGUUACUACGUUGCUGGUUUGGUUGGGGAAGGUUUGACCAACUUGAUUGUAUUGGCGAAAUUUUCCAACGAAUCAUUGAACGAUAAGAUGGACUUGGCGAUUUCUAUGGGGUUGUUCUUACAAAAGACCAAUAUCAUUAGAGACUAUAGAGAAGAUUUGGAAGACAAGAGAUCGUUCUGGCCAAAAGAGAUUUGGAGCAAAUAUACCCAGAGCUUGCCGGACUUUGCCGACCCAAAGAACGCCGCCGACGGGUUGGAUUGUACCUCUGAUUUAGUACUCAACGCCUUGGGUCAUGUUACCGAUGUGUUGACCUACUUGUCGUUGAUCAAGGAUCAAUCGACAUUCAACUUUUGUGCGAUUCCCCAAGUUAUGGCCAUUGCCACUUUGGACUUAGUUUAUCAAAACCCUGAAGUUUUCCAAACCAACGUGAAGAUUAGAAAAGGUACCACUUUGAAACUUAUUGUCCAGUGUAGAACUUUAGAAGGCGUCGCUGAUAUUUUCAGCCGUUACAUCAGAUCGAUCAAUCAUAAAUCACACCCAUCGAACAAAAACUACUUGAAGAUUGGUAUCAUGUGCGGACAGAUCGAACAAUUCAUCGAAGGUAUGUACCCAUUGAGAAACUUGCCAAAGGAAAUCACCACUCCUCCAAAAUCACCAAUCUUGAGCAAUAUUUUGGAAAGAAGCCAUGUGGAAAUCGACAUGAAGGCCGCGGUGAGAAUUGAAGAGGAAAAAACUCAGGCUGCUUUGGUGGGGUUCGGUUUGGCACUUGCGGUUGUCGGUUACUUAGUUUAUGCUACUGUAACUGGAGAAUCCUUAAUUGCUCAUUUAGAUCUUUGA